CACACAGUCACUCCCCGAAACAAACACACACAGCCGCUUCUUUACAACCACUACCACAAGCUCUAACAGCAAGCCAGCUUGCAGAACAACAAGGUAGAAAUGAGCGUCGGGGUGUGGUUUCCUACUCUAGGGCUGCUGGCCUGGCUGUGCUGCCUCAGUCUGGGGCCCGUUCAGGGGGGGAAGGUGCUGGUUUUGCCUGUUGAUGGAAGCCACUGGCUUAGCAUGAAGAUACUGGUGAAAGAGCUCAACCAGAGGGGCCAUGAGGUCUUGGUGCUGGUGCCGGAUAGCAGCCUGUUGAUCCACAGCUCAGAGAGCUUCAAGACUGAGGUUUACCCAGUGUCCUUUACAAAAGCUGACCUGGAUGGACGAUUCGAACAGCUGACGGAGGGACUAUUUCUCAAGCCACCACAAAUGACAGACAUCUUCCUCAAUGUACAGCGUUUGGUCAGCUUUACAUCAUUACAGGUGGAGGGUUGUGAGAGUUUGCUGAACAACCAGACUUUGAUGAGUCGGCUGAGUAGGGGCUUUGAUCUUGUGCUUACUGACCCCUUCCUUCCCUGCGGCUCCAUCCUGGCUCAUCUCCUUUCCAUUCCAGCUGUUUAUUUCCUGGGUGGACUUCCAUGUGGACUGGAUACAAAGGCAAACCAAUGCCCUCCUCCCUCCUACGUUCCUGCAGCCUUCUCUGGCAAUACAAACAUCAUGACCUUCCCACAAAGAGUCAAAAACAUGCUCAUGUCUGGUGUGGAGUCCUACAUGUGCAGAAUAAUCUACAGCAACUUUGACGAUCUAGUCAGCAGGCAUUUAGAAGAAAAGAUGACCUACAAGGAACUUAUUAGUUAUGGUGCUAUAUGGCUUCUCAGAUAUGACUUCACAUUUGAAUGGCCUAAACCUAUCAUGCCAAACAUGGCUUUUAUUGGAGGUAUCAAUUGUGCAAAGAAGGCUCCUCUGCCAGCGGAAAUAAAGGAGUUUGUGGAUGGCUCUGGAGACGACGGGUUCAUUGUCUUUACCUUAGGCUCGAUGGUGUCCAACAUGCCAGAGGAGACAGCUAAACAGUUCUUUGAGGCCUUCCGGCAACUGCCUCAAAGGGUAUUGUGGAGAUACACUGGAGUCCCACCUAAGGAUGCACCCAAGAAUGUCAAACUUAUGAAGUGGUUACCUCAGAAUGACCUCCUCGCCCAUCCCAAAGCCAAAGUCUUCAUCACUCAUGGAGGAAGCCACGGCAUGUAUGAGGGCAUCUGUAAUGCAGUGCCCAUGUUGAUGUUUCCACUUUUCGGGGACCAGGGUGACAAUGUAAACCACAUGGUGGCGCACGGUGUUGCGGAGAGACUUGGUAUUUAUGACGUGACCACUGAAAAACUAUUGGCUGCCCUAAAGAACAUCAUCCGUGACAAAAGUUACAAAGAGAAGAUAGUGAAGAUGUCUGAGAUACACCUGGACCGUCCCGUUCAGCCCCUGGAGCUUGCUGUUUUCUGGACUGAAUUUGUCAUGCGACACAAAGGAGCCUCACAUCUAAGAGUUGCUGCACAUGAAUUGAACUGGAUUCAAUACCAUUGCUUGGAUGUCAUCGGCUUUUUACUCAUGAUUCUCUUUACUGUUCUGUGGGUAACGCUCAAAUGCUGCAUGUUCUGCUUUAGAAAGUGUUGCAGAAGGGAGAGUGCAAAAAAGAAGAAACAGUAGAGGUUUUGUAAUUCACACUUUUUUAAUUCUGUAAUGAAGCAAACAAUGAAUGUUAAAACUUGACAAUAGCUUUUCACUCUGGUGUACUGUAUUGUGACGUUCACUGAAGAGUGAUUGUACAGAAUGGUUUAAAUGUGUCUAUAUGUGCAUUGUACUGGUGCAUUACCUUUUUCAGGUUGUCUAUAACAUAUAUGUAACAUAAUGCCAAAAGCCAUCCUCUGUUAAAAUAACUUUCAAACACACUUUUAAACAUAUGCAAUUGAUUGGAGUUUUAAUUUUUGUGGUGUCAGAUUUAUGUCUGAUUGAGAUUUAUUUCUCUCUGUUGUAUAAGCUGAAUGUAAAGGGUCUAUGUACCCUUAUUGUAUUUAAUUUGGUUGGCUGGGGCAGCUAUUCUUUUCCAUAAUUAUUGUAUUAAUACGAUGAUUCACUUCUAUAGAUAUAUGAUUAAAAAAAAGUGAGACAUAAACCCUCAA